AACUGGGUGCAGACAGAAGAGCCUGGAGACAGAGGAAACCCAGACUUUCUUCUUUCCCAGCUGCCCUCUACCCACUCCCACCAUGAAGAAGGAAAUACUAACCCUGGCAUUUGCUCGAGCUGUCUUCGUCGAGUUCCUCUCCACGCUCAUCUUUGUCUUCAUCGGCCUCGGCUCAGCCCUCAAGUGGCCGUCGGCCCUGCCCAGCAUCCUCCAGAUCUCGCUGGCGUUCGGCCUGGCCAUCGGCACGUUGGUGCAGGCGUUUGGGCACAUCAGCGGCGCCCACAUCAACCCAGCCGUGACCAUCGCCUUCUUCGUGGGGAACCAGAUCUCCUUCCUCCGGACUCUCUUCUAUGUGAUUGCCCAACUGGUUGGGGCCAUCGCUGGGGCUGGCAUCCUCUAUGGGGUGACACCGGUCAACACCCGUGGCAACCUGGCCAUCAAUGCGCUCAACAACAACACGACCGCUGGCCAGGCCCUGGUGGUGGAGAUCAUCCUCACCUUCCAGUUGGCUGCGUGCAUCUUUGCAUCCACGGACAACCGGCGGACCGGCGGCGUGGGCUCCCCAGCACUGUCCAUCGGCCUCUCGGUAGCCCUAGGCCACUUGGUGGGGAUCUACUUCACUGGCUGCUCCAUGAACCCAGCCCGGUCCUUCGGGCCCGCGGUUGUCGUGAGGAAGUUCAGCUCAGCACAUUGGGUGUUCUGGGUUGGACCCAUCCUUGGGGCUUGCUUGGCCUCCCUGCUCUACUUCUACAUCCUAGUCCCCUACUGCAUGAACAUGUCAGAUAGGGUUGCCAUUGUCAAGGGCACCUACGAGUCAGAGGAGGAGUGGGAAGAGCAGAAAGAGGAGAGGAAGAAGUCCAUGGAGUUGACCCCACCCUAGGAAGAGUUGGGAAAGAACAAGCAGAAGGAGGGGAGGAAGCUCCACACAUGGGCUCAUGUGUGCGCCAAUGAACACAUCCAGCUACAGCAGACUCUUAAGCAAAAGUCUUAUAACUCAAAGACCACCUGUGGCUAAGAAAGGAGGAUCACAGUGUGUGUAUAUAACCCCUCUACACGAGUGUGAGCACUAGAACCUCUCCUAAGCUUAACUGCAGCCAGCGAAGGCGUCUCAGCCCAGGGCAGCCUC